UUUGCCGAGGGCCGGAAGGAUGGAUGCGUGAUGGCCGCUGAAGCCCAGUGAAGGGGAGAGUGGCGGAGGAGGGGCGAGGCGCCCGGCCUUGUCAGCGGCACGGGCCCUCGCUGGAGACCCCCCACCCGCCCGCAGCGGAUGGGGCAGGGCAAUGAUGAGGGUUAAGUGACUUGCCUAGGGUCACACAGAUUCUUUUUAUUGCUGACAAGAAGCCACUCAUCUCAGGAAUAAUGCUCUUCCCCACCAUCUGCUUCUUUAAGCUAAUGCCACCAGACAACUUAUACCACUGAGAUUUCAUGCUUGCUUCUUGACAUGCAGUUCAUGGUCAUUUAGAAGUGAUAAGACCAUUAUGGCAUCUCUUGAUGAUCCUGGGGAAGUGAGGGAGGGCUUUCUCUGCCCUCUGUGCUUAAAGGAUCUACAGUCUUUUUAUCAGCUUCAGUCACAUUAUGAAGAAGAACACUCCAGUGAGGACAGGGAUGUCAAAGGGCAGAUAAAAAGUCUGGUCCAAAAGGCUAAGAAAGCAAAGAAUAAGUUGUUGAAAAGAGAAGAUGAUCGGUCAGAAUCUGGGACACAAGGAUAUGAAUCUUUCAGCUAUGGAGGGGUAGAUCCAUACAUGUGGGAACCACAGGAACUGGGUGCUGUGAGAAGUCAUCUUUCUGACUUCAAAAAACACCGUGCUGCCAGGAUUGACCACUAUGUUGUUGAAGUCAAUAAAUUAAUAAUCAGGUUGGAAAAGCUUACGGCCUUUGACAGAACAAAUACUGAAUCGGCUAAAGUAAGAGCAAUAGAAAAGUCGGUUGUGCCAUGGGUCAAUGAUCAGGAUGUUCCUUUCUGCCCUGACUGUGGAAAUAAGUUCAGCAUCCGAAACCGCCGUCACCAUUGCCGCCUUUGUGGAUCAAUCAUGUGCAAGAAGUGUAUGGAGCUGAUCAGCCUUCCCUUGGCAAGCAAGCUCACCAGUGCCAGCAAAGAGGCCUCCUUGACCUCCCAUACCAGCCCCAACCAGUCACCCAAUAGUGUCCAUGGUUCUCGAAGGGGCAGCAUCAGUAGCGUGAGCAGUGUUAGCUCCGUACUGGAUGAGAAGGAUGAUGAGCGGAUCCGCUGCUGUGGACAUUGUAAAGAUGCCUUGCUUAAGAGAGAGCAGCAGAUUGAUGAGAAGGAGCACACUCCUGACAUUGUGAAGCUUUAUGAGAAACUACGAAUUUGUAUGGAGAAAGUUGAACAGAAAGCUCCUGAGUACAUUAAAAUGGCAGCAUCACUGAAUGCUGGGGAGACAACCUAUAGUCUGGAACAUGCUAAUGACCUCCGAGUAGAAGUACAGAAAGUAUAUGAGUUAAUAGAUGCUUUAAGUAAGAAGAUUUUAACACUAGGCUUGAACCAGGAGCCUCAGCCACAUCCCAGAGCUUUGCAGCUCCAGAGAAUGAUAAGAUAUUCAGCUACGCUUUUUGUACAGGAAAAGUUACUUGGUUUGAUGUCACUGCCAACCAAAGAACAGUAUGAAGAAUUGAAAAAGAAAAGGAAGCAGGAAAUCGAAAGGAAACUGAUCAUGGAAAGACAGGCUGCCCUAGAAUUACAGCGAAGAUCGGAAGAGAGGCAGAAAGAAUUGGUUUCCCGAGGCGCAGUGAAUGGAGAAGAGCCUUUUGUCCAGAAGGGUACUGUGAGGAAAGCAGAGGGCUGGCUCCCCAUGUCCAGUGGGCCAGGCCCAAGUGAGGAAUCAGACCCCCUCCUGCAGCAGAUCCACAACAUCACAUCAUUCAUUAAGCAGGCCAAGGCAGCUAGCCGGGUUGAUGAAGUGCGCAUGCUUCAGGAGAACCUACGCCAGCUGCAGGAUGAGUAUGACCAGCAGCAGACAGAGAAGGCCAUUGAACUGUCUCGAAAGCAGGCAGAAGAGGAAGAUCUGCAAAGAGAGCAGCUGCAGGUGCUUCGGGAGAAAGAGUGGGAGAGGGAGCAGUCCCAGGUAAUCUCUCAGCACUCACGGACUCGUUCUUUAGACUUCAAAGACAGGCUCUUUCAACUAGAAUCUGGGAUGGAACCUCAGAACCGGAUACCACAUAUUUUGGAUCUGGGUCCUUCUUUAGUCCAAAGUAAUGUGCCUCUUAAGAGCCCUUCUCCCAACUCAGGCCAGGAGCCAAAUAAAGAGAAACCUGUGUUUGCUAUGCUAGGUCAGGAGAUACUACAGCAGAACACUGGAGUACAUCAAAAUGAGGCAGCUUCCUUGAACCCCUUUGAAGGGGAAGACGUCUCUACUCCUGGAGAUGAAGGCUUUAACCCAUUUGCUGAAGAUGUUUCUCAUGGAGGUUCCUCACCUCAUUCAGCCGUCCCCAGUGUUAAAAAAGAAUAUAAUCCUUUUGAAGAUGAGGAAGAUGAACCCACUGGUGAUGCAGAUGGCUCCAUUCUCAACCCCUUUGAAGUGGAUGAGCUUCCUUAUCAAAAGCAUUCCAGCCCUCCCAAUCCUGGCAACCCCUUUGAGGAGCCAGUCUCCACCAAUCCCUUUGAUGUGGAUGACAGUGAGGCUGAGGGAGAAGAGCUUAUAGAGGAAGAGCUGCUUCUCCAGCAGAUUGACAAUAUCAAGGCAUACAUUUUUGAUGCUAAGCAGUGUGGCCGUUUGGAUGAGGUGGAAGUGUUGACUGAAAACUUGAAGGAACUGAAGCGUGCAUUAGUCAAGCAGAAAGAGAAAACUAACUGAUGGAAGCAAGCACAGGAAUACCACCUGCAACAGGGUGCUCGCUAGGCAGGAUGAGAAUGGGAGGAAUGGUUGGUGGGGCUUAAAGUUGGGACAACUUAAGGUGCACAAAGUUAUGAAAGGGAAUCUGCAAUUUUAUGCUAUGCACUUUUACUGAGGUGUUUCCACUAACUUAACAAAAAGGGGUCCUUGAACAGGAAAAUAAGCAUUCAGUUGCUGUUUUCCUGUUCUUGUUUUUUUCCUUAAAGAAGGGAUUUAAUAGAGUCACCACAGAAUUGUUAACUAAAUGCUAUGCAGGUCUGUGGGGGCCAGAGUGGAGCUAGCGAAGGUCACACAGGUCACUUUUGUUACUUCUCUUUUAAUCAUUAUGCAGUAUUACAGGGCAGCCUUAAAAACUGGCCUUCCACUAAGCCAUGAGCAAACCCUGGUAUGCUGAGGCAGACGUCUGUGAUCUUAAUGGGAAUAGGUCAGAUUAAAGUCCCAUCAUGUAGCUUCCUAGAGCCCAGCUGUUGAAGGGCAGGCCAAAUCCCUAGCGGUAUGGCCUGUGUCCAACGUUGUAGUUGUUGAAUGAUAUUAGAGACAAAUAUUGGACUCAACUGUUCUCUUUUUAGGGGAUUUGGUGGAAAUGUUUUUUUGGGGGAAGUAGGAAUGAGGAGUGAGCAGUGGAAUGUUAAAAUUCCUCUCUAGGCCUUACCCUUCCUCCUUGUUUCUGAACCCAAAGUGGCUUGCACAUCCUAAUGUCAGCAAGUCAGUUUAGCCCCCAACAACAGUUGGCUGCUGCUUGUUUGAAGGCAUGGGGGGGUAAACUUGAGGAAACAAAACCCUAAAACUUUCUUUACAUGUAAUGGCUGAUAUAACGAUGACGUAGGUAUUCUUUGGGAAUCCUUGCCAUGGAACUUUGGAAAAACCGCUCCCUUAAUACUUAUGCCUCUUUUAGCACUUAUGGGAAAGGAGUAUUUUCUUGAAGCAGAGGAAAAGCUGAGAUGUCUUUUGGGACAGAUUCGUCAGCUCUGAGCAUUCCUCCCUUAAGUCAGGUUUAGUUCUUAAGAACAGAACCCAAGUAACUUUUAAGGGUUAAAUUUAGCAUGGCCCUCUCAAGAACUGGAGCUAUUGCCACAUUUGGAGCAGAGUUCUGGCAGUAAAAUUGUCAUUACUGGCUAAAAAUCAUGUACCCGUUACCACUUUGGUCUGAACCAGUUUCCUGUUUCUGUUCUUUUGGUUCUUUUCAAAAGAUGACAAAAAUAAUUUGUCUUUUUAGUGAGUGACUGUUGCUCACUAUGUCUAUCAUGGAAUCUCUUCUAGGAAUUUUUUAAAAGGUAUCUUGAAGCUGUUCAGACUAUUGUAAAGUUCAGCACAUUCUGACUGUAGUGGACAAUGAAAAGGAUUAGAAAUGGGAAGAAAAGGCACUUUUUGCCUUGUGAUUUUAUCAGUGAAGUCGUGUGUGUGUGUGUGUGUGUGUGUGUGUGUGUGUGUGUGUGUAUGAAUGAAUGGGGCAGAGGAAAGUUGGGAUGGGUGAACAACACAAAUGUAAUUAAGUGGUUUUGGGAACAAAGCAGCAGCUGAGUAAUUGUUACUGUGUUAAUCAGGUUUCAGUUGUAUAUUACUUAAAUUGUGGACAGGGCCAAGUAAACCUUCUCAAAGGGCCUUUCUGAUUUCCAGUGUUUGAUUACUUAUGUUUAGGCUGACAGCAUUGCCAGGACUCUUCAAAUGACAUGCUCACCCAUCUUAGAUGAUCAUUUCUUUGUGAUUGAGAGAAAGAGUUUCUUCAUAGAAACUUCAAGUUUAAUUCUGUUAGAAUUAAAGAUGCUGUUUUUCCUUGGAGAGGGCUGCUUUAGUUGGUAAUUUAUAUCAAAAGUAAUUGACUAAAUUUACCCCAGAAAUCAGUCACACUGGUGACAGUCGCUGAAUUUCCAAGAGCACUAAGAGACAUUUAGAGGGAACAUUUUAGACUGAGUUUAUUGAAUGUACUAAAUAAAACAAAUCCAUUUUCUCACAGGAACAAUAUUACUCCAAAGCUAAGUUCUUCUGGAACCAUAUUCAUGUGAUGGGAAUAUAGGGGUAUCUGAGGACCAGAAUUCUUUGGGACUGAUCCUUCUCCCUAUCCAUUACUGCUCUUAAAAUCCACUACCAUGCUAGCACAAGGUUGAAGGGUGAUGGGCCACGGAUUAGCUUGAGGCCCUUGCCUUUCACGUGAUAUUCCACCCCUCGUAAGCCAUCUGAGCCAAGACAGUGUCAUCUCUGAACCAGAGAUUUGUGUGGAGCCAGAGGGGCUGGUUUUAGCUUUUUCAAGAUUGGAGAAUGUGUUAGACACAUUUUGGUUUUAUACAUCAGAUAAAAGUGGGUUUCUCUGCAUUAAUGCCUUGUAUUUUUCCUGUUUAAUACGCUAAUCUAGAAUACUUACUGUACAUGUAGCUCAGUGUAUUUUUGCUAAGACACUAAAGUAUACCUUUUAGGUCUGUGUCAUUGUGGUCAAUGUGGUAGACUUAUCCUCUUGGCAUUCAGGUAACUGAUCUCAAAAGCUGGAAGCUUAUUUGUUUGUACUUGGGCCAUACGGGGAUACAGACUGAUAGCUGAAUAAGCAACCUCAUCCCCAAAAUCAUGUAGUGUUGAUUUGUACAUUUGCAUGCACUACACCACAUCCUUGUACUGAAACAAACAAAAAAAUAAAGUAACAAAUUUUAA